CGCGCGUGUAGGGAGUGUGGCCUAGCUGCCGCCGCCGCCGUCGGAGAGGGGCCGGCGGGGAGCUGGAGCCCUUGGGGCCGGGGCCGGGGCCGGGGCCGCGGCCGGGGCCGCGGCCGCGGCCGCGCGCAGCAUGGUCUUGGUGCACGUCGGCUACCUGGUGUUGCCCGUCUUCGGCUCCGUGCGCAACAGAGGUGCUCCUUUUCAAAGGUCUCAGCAUCCCCAUGCUACCUCCUGCCGGCACUUCCACCUGGGUCCCCAGCCUCAGCUCUCGGCCGACUUCGCCCUGCCUCACGCGGUGCAGCCCCAGCCGGGGCUGACCCCCCACAUGGCCCCCACGCACCAGCACAGCGGCCCCCUGCACCAGUCCCUGGCACCAGUGCCAGCCCUGCCCUUCCAAGACGUGGCUGGACCCUCCUUCCUACCUCAGGCGCUACACCAGCAAUACCUCCUCCAGCAGCAGCUCCUCGAGGCCCAGCACCGCCGGCUCAUGCCCCAUCCCAGGCGGGCUCAGGAGCGCUUGUCUGUUCAGCCCCACCGCCUGCACCCCAGCUUUGACUUCAGCCACCAACUGCAAACUCCACAGCCCAUGGGGUCCCAGCCCAGGUAUUUAGCUGAAGGCACGGACUGGGACCUCAGUGUCGAUGCAGGACUGACUCACGCCCAGUUCCAGGUUCGGCCAGUCCCUCAGCCCUAUCAGCAUUACUUGGCUACACCUCGGAUGCAACAUUUCCCCAGAAGCACAUCCUCGACACAGAUGGUUGUUCAUGAAAUCAGAAAUUACCCUUAUCCUCAGCUCCAGUUACUUGCUCUUCAGGGACUGAACCCAAGCAGGCACACGUCGGCUGUGCGGGAGAGCUAUGAAGAGCUGCUGCAGCUGGAGGACAGGCUGGGCAGCAUGAGCCGGGGUGCCGUGCAGAACACCAUUGAGAGGUUCACCUUCCCCCACAAGUACAAGAAGAGAAGACCACAGGAGGGCAAAGCUGAACAAGAGGAUGGAGAGGAGUCGGACACUGAUGAGAAAUGCACAAUCUGUCUGUCCAUGCUUGAAGAUGGAGAAGACGUCAGGAGGCUACCCUGCAUGCAUCUCUUCCACCAAGUGUGCGUGGACCAGUGGCUGGCCACCAGCAAGAAGUGCCCCAUCUGCAGGGUGGACAUUGAAACACAGCUCGGCUCAGACAGCUGAAAGGACUGGCUGGACACACCAUUUUCCUUAUCAGGUCGUAUGGCCAUAAACCCUUGCAGCAAAAUUUUUGCCUUCUGAGCCAUUUGAUUGAGAGGAAAAGUCUGCAGGCACAUUAGCGAGGAGGAGGAGGUGGUGGUACAAUAUCUAGUGGUAGGAGAUAUUGCACAUACGCAGGAUAUGGGCCCAGUGAAAGGGAGCUGGCAUUCCCGGAGCUCAGAGACCCCAUGCUGCAGAAGAUUUAGUGUUGAACAUGAAGGAACUAGUUGUGGUAGUCUGGCCUGUCAAUCCUGCAUUUCAUGAGGAUUGUAUAUAUACCUCUCGAAUACGUAGAAACAUGUUAUAGGGGUCCUUUAGCUAUUUCUAUGGAUGGCAGCUGGAGCAUGUUAGCUUAAGAAAUGUUGUGUUUGAUGCCCUACUCAUCUUGUGGUGGACAUGUUGCUGUUACCUAAUUUACACCAAAUAUUUUUUCACAGAUUCCUUAUUUUGGUGCCUGAUUAAUACAUUGCAGAGGGGGAAUGAGGAGGUCAAGUUUUCCCACCCUUGGGGGGAAGAGGCAAAAAAGCAAAAUCCUGUUUACAGUCAGAAGGGUUGCGCUCUUUGCCUCAGCCGCAUGUGCUUCCUUUCCUUGCAUUUACAGUGUUGCAAAUUUAGAGACGCUUGCAAAAUAAAAGAAAAUUGGGAAUGAAAUAAAUGAAGCAACAGGGAGAGGUUUCCCUAUAAGCUUCCUGCUUAUCUGCUGGUGCUGGAUGCUUUCUGGAGGGGCACGAUAUUGAGGUGGAUGCUGUUUCUUUGCUUUCCGUAUCUUAACAAAGUAGCUUGGCGUGCCGAAAUCCAAGGCAGGCCAUGGGCUGUCUCUGUGCUUGCCAUCUUCCAUACUGCUUUCUCCUGUGAGCCAGAGGCUGGCUGGCUUCAGCAUGCCGUGGCAUGGCCCCCCUGGGGUUAGACACCUCCAAGGCUCUUUGCUGGUCCAAAAUGCUGGUUAUGGGGUCGGCUUCUGUAACUGUGCUUUGGGGUGUAAUUGCUCAGAAAUAACAAGAGGAAGCUCCAACGGGACAAAACCCAAUACCGGAUGAUUUGGGGAGAUUGCUAAUGCUGUGGCUGGGCUGGGGUAGAGCAGCAGCCAAGGUGCCCUGCUCCUGUUCCCCAUCCCAACCCAGUGCAAGGUGGAAGAAGGGGAGCAGGGCCUUUUUAAUCACACACAGUUACCCUGCUUCACCACCUCCCUGGUGAGAAAUCACAGCGCGGGAAGAUUAAGCAGACAUACAACACAGGUGGAAGCCUUUCUUUCUUUUUCAUUUUUUUUCCUUAAUCCACUUGGGCUUACAGGCUGCGGGGUCAAAUCUCUCGGAGCAGAGAUUGCAGAGAUCCCUCUCUGAUAAUGGGAUGGGAGGAAUCGUUGCUCAUGAGGAAUCACCAAUGCCGUGGGUGUUUUAGUGCAGGAGGGGAAUGCCAGUUCUUGAGAGUUUGCUGCCUUCUGGAAGGGCUGGGUUUAGCCCUGUGCCAGAGCAUUGUUAUACGCAUAUGUAUUUCACUCCAUAUCCAUAUGGAAAAAUAGGUGAUUAUUAAAACGAAACCUAAUUUACCAGUCUCCAUUACAAAAAUGCACAAAACUACAUCAGGAGGCAGUCCUUGAAGGAGUGGAGGGGUGGGCCAUUUUGAUCCAAGCUUCCCCUGAAAUAAAGACAUCAGAUGCAGGGACCCAGAUUAAAACCCUUUGCUGAACAGGCAUUCACAACCAAAAAGUUUUGUUUUUUUUUUUUUAAGAUUUUUUUUUUUUUUUGUAACUAGGGAAGCAAAAGAGAGAUGCAGAGGAGCCAGGGGAAUGAAUUCUGAACUUUAUAUAUUUAUAAUGCAAAUGUGGUGGAGCUGAACUGUGGCUCCCCCGAGCACCCGUUCUGCUGGAGCCAAGCAAUGCUCUCCAUGUACAAAUGAUCAUAAAUUACCAUCUGGGAGAUUUCAGGAUUCCCAUGAGCUGUAACAGGAAAACACCGACCUCGAAGGACCCACAGAGAUUAUUAGUAUUUUUAUUUUUGCCAACCUGGAGAAGAGAGUGAAGGAGGGGGCGUGGGGCUACAGGAGACCUUCUCCCCUCUCACUGUGCCUGAGCAGAGGGGGGGGCAUGGUGACAUAUUUGCCAUGGUGAUGUUUAUUUGCCAUCUGUGAGUGAUGGCUUCACAGGAGAUACAGCAGUCCCAGCCCCGAUGUCCAAAGCGAUGUGGGCUCCUUGCAGCAAGGAGUGACCCAUCGAGAUGUAUGGGACUUGCUCCAGCAGCAGCAGAUUCAAGCAGCAUUAAAAAUACUACUACUACUACUAAUGAUAUGUACAAGAAAAGUGAGAUGUUGUUCAUAAAACACACUGUAAGCCAGUCUGGUGCACCCAGGUGUGAGCUGGGGGCGAAGCAGGGGAGGAGCGGGGGCAAUGGGGACCCUAGCUGGGUGGGGAGGGAAGGAGGAGUGCUUCCGAACCGCAUGUUUUCUUAAAGCCUAUGCGAAAGUACUACUAUUUGCCUAAUGAACAAGCACAGUUUUUAGACAAAAAAAAAAGUAACAAAAAGACAAAAAAAUCUGGUGAAGAAAAGCACCAAACUCCCUUGGUCUUGUGUGAGUGACUGAUCCCGAGGUGCGUGAGAACCUACAGCGUCUGGAGCUGCAGCGGUGUGUCAGGUUCCUUUUUGAAUUGAAAUCAUUUUUAUGAGUAGGUUGCGAUGACAGGAGGAGUUUAAAAACAAACAAACAAACAAAUGAAACAAACAAAAAUGUCUAGGAACAAAACAUUGAUAGUUUACAGGGUUUUGUGAGUUUAAAUGCCUUAUAUUUAACAAUCAUAAUUUAUGACUAACUUGUAGAUAUUGUGGAUUCUUAUUUAAUUAUUUUUAUAGUUGUUUUUUGCAUUUUUAAUUAUAAUUUAUUUAGAAAUUAAUACUAAUUUUUUUUAUUACUCCUAUUACCUAAUUUUUGCAUUGUUUCUGGGAAUUGAAUGCUUUGCAUGUGUUGGUACUUAAAAAGAAAUUAAACAUGGGAUGUAGGGGUAAUGCUUAUCUUGACAAAAAAAAUUUAAAAAAAUCAGGGUGUGUAAUUACAAACUGUAUUACUGUGGUGCUGUUACUUUGGAUACAUUCCAUAAAAAUGCAAACCUUUGAUUCUGUAUGCUGUGACAUAGUGGAAAACUGCAAUAUAGUGACUGUGUUUAGCACAUAUUUAUGAAUAUUAUUUGCACUCAUAAUCAAACUCUGGUGAUCCUUUCACUCACGUCCUUGUGCAUUGAAGGCGGUUAGUAGUGCCCUGCAAAACCAAAAUGUUUUGGUCGAUUCCUGCCACCGCCCUGUUCCGAUGCCACUGGUGAUGCUCCUGCCCUUGCUGCAUGUGUUACCUGCAAUAAUGGCUGGUGAACCCCGCUGCAAGGCUGUGCUUGGGGCAAUGCAUGCAUUUAGUGCAUGACACUGCAAAUUGCUUCAAAAAAUGUGGAAGGGAGCCCAGGUGCUGUGGCUCUGUUGGAUUUUUGGUGCCUGUCAGGUGCUUGGUCUGGCUGCAUGCCCCCUGCUGAACCGCCCCCUGCUGAACCACCCCCUGCGUGCAUCGGUCUGGGAGCUCCCGGGGGGGGGGGGGGGGAUGCAGGAGGGAAUCGAUAGAGCCUGAGCUUGGACACUACAAAACCAAGGGUCUGACAGCAGCUUUUAAGCGAUGACUCCCUCUGUCUGGUUUUUGCAUGGAGGACAUGCUCCCCAUGGCAUGGUACUGUCAGGGCAGGAUGGUGGGACCUCAGCUCCUUCACUGCUCUCAGACAGAGCUGGAAAAGGAAGGCUGGGAGGGGUGAUUUGGGAUCUAUUUGUCACACCAGGCCAUGAGACUUGGCUAUAAUCCAUCUGUAAAACAUGCCUGGAGCAGCAGCCCUCAAAACUAACCUUCUUGAAAACCUUCCACUUGCUUUUGACCCCUCUGUUGGGGCAGAAUCCUUGAUUUGAAGCUUGUUAAUCUGCUGUAGAUCUGCGAGAGGUACUAGAGCCCUCCUGCCCUGUCCCUCGGUGGGUCACCCCCAGGGGGACCAGCCCUGGGCUGAUGUCCCACUCCUGCAGCGGUGGCCAAGCAUACACGUUCCCAUCCCCAGCCACGACUGCACCGCUGCUAACACAUUGCCCCUUCCCAGAAGGUUCCUGAAUAUCCAGUGCUUGAACCAUGCAGGAGGGUUAAAGCACCCUGGAAAAUAUUUUAAGCUUUAAGCCAUAACUGCUCUAGGUCAGCGCAGAUGCUCAGCCAUGUACGAAUGCAGAAACAGGGUUCAAUGCAUCUCCACCCCAAAAGGCUUUGGACACAAUUCUUUUUUGGGGCAGGAAGGCACGACACGACUGUACCUUCAUUCUUCCUCUUUGUCCCUUCAGGGUGCUGCUCUGCUUUGUUGCCUUUGCCUUACCCUAGGUUUCCCCAUUUCCCCUUGCUGCUCUGUAACUUUUCUCCCCUGGAGCCGCAGUUUUGGGCUGUGUGGGGAUAGGGGCCAAGUGUCACCCCACAAAGACACCAGCAGGGGGACACAUAAAACAUGGGGCAAGCAGACAGAAAUCCUCCCCUUUAAUGGCCUGGGCUGGUGAAAGGAUCACCCACAUUUUUGUACUCCUACUGCUGUUCUGUUGUGUUGUGCAACAUUUUGCUACAUAGACUAUUUUACAGAAGAAAGCUAGAAAAAUAUUUAUUAUUAAUAUUAAAGCAAUAGUGCAUUGAAGAAAUGAAAAGACAUUAGAAAUUGUGUAAAUGCUUAGAUUCACUUUUGGUGGAUUUUUUGUACUUUAUUUAUAACUAAUAAAAUGAACUGCAUUGCUAACUAUAAA